AUGCUAGCAAACCAAGCUUCACCCAACCCUCACACUUUCCCUCCACUCCUUAAAUCAACUCCUUCCCUUGUCACAGCCCUUCAUUCUCAAGCCCUCAGACGUGGCAUCUUGUCUGACCCUUUUGUACUCACCACUCUCCUUGUAAUCUAUGCAACAAACAACCACCUUGCUUGUGCCCAAAAGGUGUUUGAGGAAGUUCCUCUCUUUUGUCUUGUUGCAUCUAAUGCAAUGAUCAAUGCUUUCUCAAUGAAUGGCAAUAUGGAGGGUGCUCUGUCACUCUUUCGAUCUAUGAUGUUCCGAGAUGUUGUUUCAUGGACAACUAUGGUGAAUGGAUUUGCCUUUAAUGGGGAUUUCGGUGCUGCAAUUCGGUUUUUUGGGAUGAUGAUUACUCAUAAGGAUGUUGUGGGUUGUUUGGUGAAACCAAAUGAGGCUACUUAUGUUAGUGUGCUCUCUUCAUGUACCAGUUUAGAAGGAAAAGCUGGUCUUGAUUUUGGAAGGCAAGUUCAUGGUUACAUAGUGGUGAAUGGUGUCGAAUUGGGAGUUUUUGUGGGAACUUCGUUGAUAAAUCUUUAUGGGAAGAUGGGGUGUUUAAAUUAUGCUGUGAAUGUUUUUAGAGUAAUGGUUGCAAGAGAGGUUUGCACUUGGAAUGCAAUGAUUUCUUCACUGGCUUCCAAUGGUAAAGAGAAGGAGGCUCUGGACUUGUUUGAAAAGAUGAAACUUCAAGGGCUAAAACCAAAUAGCAUUACCUUUGUGGCAGUUCUUACAGCAUGUGCUCGUGGAAGAUUUGUCAGGGAAGGAUUGCAGUUGUUUGGAUCAAUGUCAAGAGAGUUUCAAGUAGUGCCAGUAAUGGAGCACUAUGGAUGUGUGGUUGAUCUUUUGGGAAGAGCUGGUCAUAUACAGGAAGCAGCUGAAAUCAUAAGAAAUAUGCCUUUUCAGCCCAAUGAAUCUGUAUUGGGGGCCUUUUUGGGUGCAUGUAGGAUUCAUGGAGCUAUUGAACUCGGAGAAGAAUUAGCGAAGAAGAUGCUUAAAUUGCAGACACAACACUGCGGUCAGUAUUUGUUAUUGUCAAGCAUGAAUGCGGAGAAAGAAAGAUGGGAUCAUGCUGCUGAUCUGAGGAAAGAAAUUAUGGAGGCUGGAAUUCAGAAAAUUCCAGCAUAUAGUAUGGUUCAUUUGACUUAA